AAUCAAAAACAAAAACAAAAACAGUCCCCUGCUUUGCUUCUCUGUCUGCAAUGUAUAAUCAAUCAAUCUCAUUUUCUUUUUAUUUUUGUCCAUCUGACAUUAUCUGACGCCCCACCACCACCUUUCUCUCUCCCUUUUUCUCUCUAAUGAUCUUAUCUCCAUCUGUAGCUCUUCUUUCUCUCUCUCUCCCCUUUUUAUCUUGCAGCCUCAAAAAACCAAUUUUGGUAAAAACUAGAAAUCCUUCCUGCAUAAUCUGUCUUUUCACUCAGAAGCUGAGGUUUUUGGAGGCCCCCUUCAAGAUAGAUUCUCAAGAGAAGGCAACGCAAUGGAGGGCGUUAAUAAUUCUAAUUCGGAACAAGUUUCGACAGUUGUUGAGCUGGACCUCAGCCUGAGCAUGAACAACAACAACAACAACCCUGCACGCGUGUUCUCGUGCAACUACUGCCGGCGCAAGUUCUACAGCUCGCAGGCUCUCGGGGGCCAUCAGAACGCGCACAAGCGCGAACGAACCCUCGCCAAGCGUGCAGUCCGCAUGGCGAUGUUCUCCAACCGAUACGCCAGCCUGGCGUCCCUUCCCCUCCUCGGGAUCGAGGCCCACGGGGCCCACAGCCACAACCACAACCACAACCAGGAGAGGUUGUUUCGUGCGCCUAGGUUUGUUGACCGGCCGAGGAUGCCAUUGCCAGCUGUGUUUGUGGAGUACGAGGAGCUGACGUGGCCCGGGAGCUUCCGGCAGGUCCAUAGGGAUGGGGAUGGACCAUCCUCGUCCCGUCUUCCCGAUUUGAAUUUGAAACUUUGAUGACUUGUUAGUUAUAUAUUGGUGUACAU